AUGGCCGGCGCAUCAUCGCCGACAACCAUCACCAAGGUGGCAGAAGUCGGGGGAACAACAUGUGCAGAGUUCAUUCUCAUCGCACUCCGUAGCAGCAAAACCAAGCAGAUGGGCCUGCGCGAACUUUACAAGUGGUUCGAGACAAACACUGACAGAGGGACACGCAAAGGACGAAGAAACAGUGUUCGCUCACACCUUUGCGUGAACAAGGUUUGUCGAUGCCUUCAAGAAAGUGACGCAACAUGGCCCCUGCUGAUCCUCGAUGACAAGGCCCUCGAACGGGUGGAAGGCAAAGUGAAGACCAGACGCCAGCUGCAUUCCCUGCGCUGGGGCAUGCUCAGCAACGAGCUUUCCUAUAUGGCCGAGACGAAACGGGUCGACCGCGUGCUCGGCAGCUGCCUCUUCUCGGCCACCCACCUCGCCAGUCUUCUUUGCCACGCCGCGAAGCACAUUAGCGAUCUGGACAGCCCGAUAGCGUCAGAUCUACCGGCAGACCUCACGCGCUUCUUAACGUACUACGACUCCGUCGAGGACCUGAAGCAAUUCGCCGUGCCCAUCAUCGCUUCCAGCUUUAUCCUCAACUAG